CAGGUCUGAGGAGUCCAUCGUGAUGUGAGGAAAGUAAAAGAAAAAUACAGCCUGACUUCUCAACAAGUUUAAAGGAGGGGUUUUUAUACAUGCAUCACACGGUGUAACAAAGCAGGGAAUACCGUGACAUUACUACCUAUCCAGGUUGUGUACCCCGCCCUCUAUCUCUACCUUCCUAGCCUCCUGAAGGGUAUGCCUAUCUGAUAUAUUAUUGAGCCAUGGUCGAGGCAGUCAAGGUUGAAUACAUUGGAUGGGAGGAUGACUUUCGAUAUGCCGAGGAGAAACAGCGGAUCACAGAGCACAUUCAAAAGAUUGCAGCAGACAACGGCUUUACUCAUGCCUGUGUGCAGCGAGCAGAAUGGAUCACAGACAGGCUGGAGAAGUAUGUGUUUACAAGACUGUGGUUUAAUGAGGAUGGAGAUCUCGAAAAGGGCCCCGAGCUCUUUGAGCCAGCUACAGCCAACACAUUAAAGCGAGAAUUUCUCGACAGCGCAAAUGUUCAUAUUGAAUGUGUUUUGGUCCAUAUCCAUAGAGGCCUCAUGUCUUCACGAACCUACGCUCCUUCCCCGUCGACAUUUACCGAGGAUCCCGAUCGAUACCGAAAAAACGCCCUUCAUCCUGUUACCAUCGGGGAUCUGUUUGAAUGCGGGAGAUACAGGAUUGUCCAUAAGUUGGGGUCAGGAAGUUUCGGCACCGUCUGGCUCGGCAGGGAUAGAACGGAAAACAGAUAUGUCUCUCUGAAGAUCUUGUCUGCCGACAUCCCUCCUGACUGUAAAGAGCUUCGGAUCCUACAGGAAAUCACCGAGUCCACGGUGAACCACAAAGGGCGAGAAUUUGUCCUUCAGCUUCUGGACCAUUUUACCAUCUGCGGCCCCAAUGGCCAUCAUCUGUGUAUUGUGGCCCCUGUGGCAGGAGACCGUUUGGCGAGAAAGCCCGGGUUGCCGUAUAAUUCGCUGGAGUGGCCUCGUAUGAUCGGUCUCCAGGUUGCAGAGGCCUUGGGGUAUCUUCACAUUUUGGGCAUUGCGCAUGGAGGAGGCUCCAUAUCCUAUCCCAUGAGAGAAUACGGGCUCACUUGGGAUGCAGAUUGUUACACUUCCAAUAUUCUCUCCCAGCUUCUCCCGUUUGACGAUUGGACCGAAGGAGAGCUCUAUGAUGUGUUGGGACCGCCCAUCAAGCACCCAGUGCGUCGCUUGGACGGGGGGCCAAGGGGAAACAAUGCUCCCGCGUACACAGUCGACCCGGCUGAUAUCGCAGCCCUGGAAGCUCGUUUACACACGGACCGGAUUCUGCUCAUCGAUUUCGGAGCUGCGUUCUAUCACCACGAACGCCCCGAUCGGAUCUACACGCCAGCUCCGUUUGCAUCGCCCGAGAUCGUCUUCGGCGGCGAGCUCACCUCCGCGGUCGAUCAAUGGGCAUUCGGGUGCCUUCUGUACGAACUGUGUGCCGACCGCAGUCUUGUCAAAUUGCUCUUCGGAUGGAACAACGACGCGAUGAAGGACCAGGUGGCCAUGCUGGGGAAGCCUCCCGAGGCCCUCUGGCAGAACUGGGAGAGGAGGGACAAGUACUUCCAUCCCAACGGAGCGCCCAAGGAAGCCCAAGGCAGGCGCCUGAAGGUCCGCCCACUCCCCCUGAAGCAACGGGUACGAAAUCUGGAGAAGCCUCUCGGCGAACGCUGCUACGGAACAGGAGAUGAAGCGCCACUUGCACCAGAUCUCCAGAGCUUAUAUGACCUUCUGAAGAGAAUCCUCAUCUACGAUGCCCGUUCUCGCCUCUCGUUUGAAGCAGUCAAGGCUCAUCCGUUCUUCCGAGCACAAGGUUCUACUUGGUAG